CAUCAGCCUCAUUUGCAUAGGAGGGAGGAUAUAGCUGCUCCGCAGCGCUCUUUACGCUACAGUUCGGAGCUGCCGCCUUGGAGAUCUGACUUACUGGUGCGCCCUGCCCAUCACUGCUUAAUCUGCAAAAAUGUCUGACAAACCAGAUAUGGCUGAGAUUCAGAAAUUCGAUAAGUCUAAAUUGAAGAAGACAGAAACACAAGAGAAAAAUCCACUGCCUUCAAAAGAAACAAUUGAACAGGAGAAGCAAGCGGGUGAAUCGUAAUGAAAUCUGCCCUGCCAAUAUGCACUGUACAUUCCACAAGCAUUGCCUUCUUAAUUUUACUUCUUUUAGCUGUUUAACUUUGUAAGAUGCAAAGAGGUUGGAUAAAGUUUAAAUGACUGUGCUGCCCCUUUCAACAUCAAAAGAAUAAAGAACUACUGACACUGAAUUGAAUUGAAGGCCCAGCCGGCUGCCUCUUUCCAUCUGCCUGUCCUGGCUAGUUUGGGUCCUGGUGGCAUUUAAAAAAAAAUUUUUUUUUUUUUUUUUUUUAAGAGCUUGCAUGUUGGUGAAAAGAAGAACUCGGGUGCGACUACAGUAAAUCUAGUUAACAGUAAAAUGCAAAGCUGUACCAAGGUCCUGGCAAGCUGUAAAAUGCAGUUAAUCAGUGCCAUUUUUUUUUUUUUUGUUCAAUGAUUUUAAUUAUUGGAAUGCACAAUUUUUUUAAUAUGCAAAUAAAAAGUUUUAAAAUCUG